AGUGUGUGUGUGUGUACAACUCACUGCAGGAAGGCUUGUGGCUGUUGUGGUUGCGUCCAUCCUGCUGAGCUCAGGGUGGUGGCGUUGAAGGCUCCAGCUCGGCCCCCGGACGGUGACCGAAGGGACACAACUGGAUUUUGACUCACCGCAAGUUGCGCCUUCUGUCUUUUUCUGGACACGGGUCUCCCCCCAAAAUGAACGUUCGUGUCGUGGCCAUUCUGGUUUUCCUCUUGGUCGACGGAGCAGAAGCUUUGAAAGACUCGGAAGUAUGCUACAUUUUGGAUGGGAUUUUGUUCCUGUACGGGAUCAUCCUGACUAUUCUCUACUGCCGGCUUAAGUUCCAGGAUCGGAAGAAAAACAAGACUGCAGACCCUUCUGCCAUCUAUGAGAAAGUGGAAGGCAUCUAUACGGGUCUGGAUGCUCAGGAAAUGCAACCCUACAGCACGUUGCAAGCUUCGGAAAAGGCCCCGGAAGGGCUUCCUCCAAGGAAGACCCCCUCCGAAGAAUAAACACCUUGUCUUCCUACGACUUCUGGAUGCGCUUUCCGGGCCUGUCCUCUUCCCCAAAUUUCGUGUCCGGGAGAGAAACCCAGAAGAUCCGAAGGACUUUUUGGGUGGCAUUCUUUUCUGGCUCAUCAAUCCUCUUCCAGAAUAUUAAUUCUGGGCAACGCAAAAGGGUGGCUCACAAUAGGGGCUGCCUGGGAAUUCUACUGGAGCUACCCAAAUCCCCCUGAUUUUUUUUUUUUU